UCCAGCUCGUCAACGCAGGCACAGCUACCUGGCCAGUCUAGGGCUGGGUCCGGAAUUCGAGCCCUACUUCGCAGGAGUGCUCUAUGACCAGAGCAUGUCCGAAGAGGACAAGUCCGCUACCCUCUACGAGUGCCUCGAGGCCAACUGUGCGGUCGCUAACAUCAACCUUCAGGACGCCGUCGCAGAACUGUUUGCGCAAUAUGCACAGGGAGGACUCUACUGGAUGGAGCCUUCGAUUUACGCCUAUUCACAGCCAUCUCUCGAUUUUCAAUAUCCUCCUGCCACGGUUGCAUCUCGCGCCAUUCCGAUUAUCCGGCCUUUGGACGAUCCUCAGCAAGGACGAACAGGAACCAAUAAUGGGACCAAAUUACUCAAUGUUGAUAAUAUGGCUCGCGAUCCUGAUUCUUGGGCUAGAAUUGAUGAUGAUGACGACGAUACCCAGGCAAAGACAUCUGCUUCUAAUGGACAUCAAUUGCGCGAUGCACUAGAUCCCUUUGAUGACGACGAAUUCAACCCGUUUGCACCCCCAAGUGCCUCUGAUCUGGAGGUUCUGAACGGCACUCGCAAUAUUCCUUAUGGAAGCUAUCAUUCCGCAACGGAUCUGCAACCCCAAUACCCGCCUCCGGUUUUUUAUUCCUCGGACGAGAGCUAUGGCGGUGGAGCUCUGGACGAUGGCUCCGUAUCGUAUUUGACGAAUUUGGACCAGGAUAUGACACCACUGGAGAUGUUGGUGCAGAUCAUCAAGGAUGUCAGUCCUGAUAAGAUUGAGAAGGCGUUUGCAAGAUCCGGAUACGAUUUUGAGCGGACGCUUGAGACCUUGAUGGCCGCGAGAGCAUCUGGUGGAGGGGAGCUCGCGAUGCCAUUCAUGGGUGAUAUCCGUUCAACACAAACCUGUCGACAUUUCUUGCAGGGUAAUUGCUUCCGCAAGGACUGUUGGUACAGCCAUGAUCUGGAUUUGAUGGUGUGCAAGUUUUGGCUCAAGGGACAGUGUUUGAAAGGCGAGACUUGCGAGUUCAAUCACUUUAUCGAUACCAGCCGUGUGACAGAAACACCUCCGCCGCCUGUGAAGCAACAGCCGCCGACAAUGGAUGAUUUCGAUUUCCCAUCAUUAUCGGCUAGCACCGCGUCUUCAAAGAAUAAGGGAUCUGCAAAGGUCAACAAGGGCAACGGACAGUCGGAUUCAAAGAAAAAUAAGAACAAUAAGAACAGUAAUGGUAACGGAGAGAGUUCGAGUGUCGCUGUGGAUGCGCUGGCGACCCAGUUGGAGGAGAAGGCCAAGGUUUCGUCGCCUCCUCUGGCUAAACCUACGAUCUCGUAUUCGGCCACCGCAGCGGCAGCCGCAUCGAAACCACUUACGCCAUUGCAACGAGCUGAUGAUGCAGAGGAGCAGCGGAGGGCGUUCAAGCUGGAGAUGGCUCCGAGCUCGAUCCCGUGGCUGGAGACAGGAUCGACCCUCAACAAUGAAUACCUCAAAUCGCGUGCACAGGCGAUCGAGUACGGCAAGGCACGUAAUCGCUGCUUCGAAUUGGCGACCCAGGCGUAUCUUCGCAAUGACGGAGCGACUGCAGCCAAGCUAUCUUUCCAGGGCCGUGAGUACAACGACUUGAUGAUGGCGACGCAUCGUGAGGCGAGUCGACAGAUCUUCAACUCGAGGAACCAGGAGAUGAUCAAGAGCACGGCCAAGGGCGAGACAUGGAUUGAUCUUCAUGGACUGCAUGUGGAUGAGUCGUUGGCAUUCUUGGACGAGUUCAUGGAGAAGCUGGAGAAGGAGGUGUACACUGGCACCGUGUAUGUGGUCACAGGCACAGGCAACCACUCGUCGAACUCGCGGGCAAAGGUCAAGCCGGCGAUCAUUGACUGGCUCGAGAGUUGGGACUAUGUGUGGAAAGAGAUGAGUCUUGACAAGGUCCAUGGCGGUGUGCUGGCCGUCCAGGUCAUAAAAGGGAAAUCCUUGAUGCGAAAAUAAAAAAAG